GUUUCUCAUGGCGGAAUACGAGCGGAAUUAGCAUAUGCGUGCGAACAUGCAUGCGAACGGGCGCACGUGUAAGUUAUGACCGAUGAUGUUAUUAUUUCGGCGCUUUUCGCGGUUUUAAUAAUGUGACAGAAUAUCACAGCUGGACAGUUUGUUAUCAAAUUUAAGAAGGGUUUUUGCUUGGGUUGUUUGUAAGCUCGAAGAUGAGUACUAUUCUGGAGAAGAUCGCCUCCAUCGAGGCCGAGAUGGCCCGUACUCAAAAGAAUAAAGCUACCUCUGGCCACUUGGGUCUGCUGAAAGCUAAGCUAGCCAAACUCAGACGCGAGUUGAUCACUCCGAAGGGUGGCGGUGGGGGUGGCGAGCAGGGUUUCGAAGUCGCCAAAACCGGUGACGCUCGCAUUGGAUUUGUCGGCUUCCCAUCUGUUGGAAAAUCCACAUUGCUGAGCACACUUGCCGGUGUUUACUCAGAGGUAGCAGAAUAUGAAUUCACAACACUCACAACUGUUCCCGGUUGUAUAAAAUACAAAGGUGCAAAGAUACAGUUGUUAGAUCUCCCGGGAAUUAUAGAGGGUGCGAAAGAUGGUAAGGGACGUGGUCGACAAGUUAUCGCUGUGGCGCGAACUUGCAGCUUGAUUUUUAUCGUACUGGACGUGCUUAAGCCACUCGGGCAUAAACGUUUGAUUGAGCACGAAUUGGAAGGUUUUGGCUUGCGACUGAACAAACACCCACCAAAUAUCACUUUCAAGAAGAAAGAUAAAGGUGGUAUAAAUCUACAAGUUAUGUGUCCUCAAACCGAACUCGACUACGAUACGGUGAAAAUGAUCCUGUCAGAAUAUAAAAUAAGUAAUGCUGAUAUCACGUUAAGGUAUGACGCAACCUCUGACGAUCUGAUCGACGUUAUAGAGGGAAAUCGCGUUUACGUCCCUUGCAUUUACCUCUUAAAUAAAAUAGAUCAAAUUAGUAUAGAAGAAUUGGAUGUUAUUUAUAAGAUUCCACAUUGCGUACCGAUAUCGGCUCAUCAUAAGUGGAACUUCGACGAUUUGUUGGAGAAAAUGUGGGAUUACUUGCAGCUCGUUAGGAUUUACACUAAGCCGAAAGGUCAACUCCCGGACUACAACGCACCUGUAGUAUUAAACACCGAGAAGCGAACUGUUGAAGAUUUUUGUAACAAACUUCACAGAUCGAUAGCGAAAGAAUUCAAAUAUGCGUUGGUGUGGGGUUCAUCUGUGAAGCAUCAACCGCAGAAGGUGGGAAAAGAUCACCUUCUCUGUGACGAGGACGUUGUACAGAUCGUGAAGAAAGUGUGAUAUGUUUCUUUUUGCAUUUUUUUUUGUCAUUGCUCAGCAGCGCAAAUAAACGUUACUUUUAAAGAAGUUUCGUGAAGUCUAUAAAGAGAUCGAGAAAAAAAUAAACGAGGAGCUUAUCUUGGCAUCAUCAGAAGCGCGCAUCUAUCAGGUUUUACAUAUGUAAAGGUGUGUAAAAAUAUUACAAAUAACUUCGAGAUCUAUAUUUUAUAUGUGUCAUAUGUUUUCUUUAAAAAAAAUGAAUAUAUAUAUACAAUACAUAUAGCAAAAUAAAAUCUGUUUUUUCUAUCUUGAAGGUUUACGCGUAUUGAUUGUCGGCGAUUUUUAGGUAUCAAUAUAUCUGAUUAUGUCGUAAUUGAUGUCUAGAUAAGCAGAAGAUAUUUGUGUUAUCUUAAAAAACAAAAGUGAUAAAAUAUUUAUGUAC